AUGGACAUCCUCAACUCACCACACAUCCCUCCAUCGCUGAUCGGGGCUCUCACCUUCUACCCAUUCCUGUUCACAACGCUCGGACGGAUGCAGGCUGUCAAGAACAUCCUCCCGCCCAAGGCAGACACCCAGAAGCAGUACCAUCUCUGCAACAAGAUUGUCGCCUCGGUCCACUCGACCAUCAUGACCUGCACAGGGCUCUACCUCCUCUUCACCGUUGACUGGUCCAAGAACGAUAUCUCAACCUACAAGACCGCUCUUACGCCCUUCCUCGUCGGACUCGAGCUCGGAUACCUCACCCAGGAUACGGCCUUUGAGUUCUACCAGCGCGCAAAGUUCGGCGUCGGUAGCAACUUGAUUCUCUUUCACCACGUCUCCGUCAUCCUUGGAUCCGCCUACUACCUCUAUGCACUCACCAUCAACAAUCCCGGUCCUUACUUUAUCGGAAUGUUGUCGCUCAUGAACAUGAGCACACCCAUCUUGCACUUCCGUUGGGUUCUCCAGAGCAAUGGCAGGACAUUCGUCAACUCGAGACUCAAGCGCUUCAUCGACACUGCCUUGAUGGUCACCUACUUCUGGUGCAGGAUCUUUGGUAACUGGUGGAUGGGCGUCGCCAUUGGCACCAAGCUCGGUAUGACCUGGUACGAAGCACCUUUCCACAUCGGCAAAAAGUUCACCAUUACCACCACCACCAUGUUCUUCAUGAACGUCGUCUGGUGGCUCAUCCUCGCCAAGCAGUGGCUCCGUUCCGUCAACUCCUUUUACUUUACGAAACAGGUCGUCAAGAAGUCCGAGUAG